UUAGUAGAAAAAGCAUUUUAUGUUUGCACUGGGAAUAUAUAGGGCAUUAAUACUUUUUUGUGUACAGAGUUAGAAAGUUUUAGGUCACUUAAUCACCAGAAAUUUUGAAGUGGAAAACAAGGGGAGUUAAAGGAUAUGGUGAGAUGGAUACAGAAGUCUAACCAACUUGGGGCAUGGAUGCAGCUCACCCAUGUUGGUCUUUUUCACAUAAGUGUUAAAAGUGGGCUGAAGAGGAGCCUGUAAACAGCCAGUCGUUGCUCUCCAUGUGUGCAUGCUUUCCAGGUCUGUUAGCUAAAUUGGCAUUUGUUCUUUAUUUGACAGGUUGUUAGUUCAUGUGCCCAUUAUUAAGCUCUCGGAGACCAAGGUUCACCGUCCAUGUGUCUCUUUUUGUCAUCCCGUGUGUUCUGACUUCCCCUGAAGCUUUCCUAAGUCUCAACACUUUCUUUCUUAUAGGAUCAUGGAUUUUCCUGGACACUUUGAACAGAUCUUCCAGCAACUGAAUUACCAGAGACUUCAUGGCCAGCUGUGUGAUUGUGUCAUUGUGGUGGGGAAUCGACACUUUAAAGCUCACCGCUCUGUACUGGCAGCAUGCAGCACACAUUUCCGAGCUCUGUUCUCCGUAGCAGAGGGAGAUCAAACCAUGAACAUGAUCCAGUUGGAUAGCGAGGUAGUGACAGCGGAGGCCUUUGCCGCACUGAUUGACAUGAUGUAUACCUCCACCCUCAUGCUGGGGGAGAGCAAUGUUAUGGAUGUCUUAUUGGCAGCCUCUCACCUGCAUUUGAACUCUGUUGUUAAGGCAUGUAAACAUUACCUAACAACAAGGACGCUGCCCAUGUCUCCCCCCAGUGAACGCGCUCAGGAGCAGAGUGCCCGCAUGCAGCGCUCUUUCAUGCUGCAGCAGCUGGGACUAAGCAUCGUGAGCUCAGCCCUCAAUUCCAGCCAGAGUGGUGAGGAGCAGCCGGCCCCCAUGAGCUCAUCAAUCCGCAGUAACCUGGACCAGCGGCCGCCCUUCCCCAUGAGACGCCUUCAUAAACGCAAGCAGUCUGCAGAGGAGCGGGCCAGACAACGCCUCCGGCCCGCCAUGGAUGAGUCUGCCAUUUCUGAUGUUGCACCCGAGAAUGGACCAUCGGGGGUUCAUUCUCGAGAAGAGUUCUUUUCACCAGAUUCUCUGAAAAUUGUGGAUAACCCUAAGGCUGACGGCAUGACUGACAACCAGGAAGACAGUGCCAUCAUAUUUGACCAGUCUUUCGGGGCUCAAGAAGAUGCCCAGGUGCCCAGCCAGUCUGACAACAGUGCCGGCAACAUGGCACAGUUGUCCAUGGCCUCUCGUGCAACUCAGGUUGAGACUAGUUUUGAGCAGGAAGCCGUGACUGAAAAAAGCGGUUUUCAGUGUGAAAAUCCUGAGGCUGGCCUUGGUGAAAAGGAGCACAUGAGAGUGGUGGUAAAAUCUGAGCCCCUGAGCUCUCCUGAACCUCAGGAUGAAGUGAGCGAUGUGACCUCACAGGCAGAAGGCAGCGAAUCUGUGGAAGUGGAAGGAGUUGUGGUCAGUGCCGAAAAGAUAGACCUCAGCCCUGAAAGCAGUGACCGGAGUUUUUCAGAUCCCCAGUCUAGCACUGAUCGGGUAGGUGACAUCCAUAUUUUAGAAGUCACAAAUAACCUAGAACAUAAAUCCACUUUUAGCAUUUCAAAUUUUCUUAACAAGAGCAGAGGAAGUAACUUUAGCACAAAUCAAAACAAUGAUGAUAAUAUCCCAAACACCACUAGUGACUGCAGACUGGAGGGUGAGGCCCCUUACUUGUUGAGUCCAGAGGCUGGACCUGCGGGAGCGCCCUCCUCAGCCUCUGGCUCUCACGUGGAAAACCCAUUCAGCGAGCCUGCUGACUCCCACUUCGUUAGACCUAUGCAGGAAGUGAUGGGCCUGCCUUGUGUGCAGACUUCGGGCUACCAAGGAGGAGAACAGUUUGGGCUGGAUUUUUCCAGGUCUGGUUUGGGGCUCCACUCCUCCUUCUCUCGGGUAAUGAUGGGCUCCCCGAGAGGAGGAGCCAGCAACUUUCCAUAUUACCGCCGCAUCGCGCCCAAGAUGCCAGUUGUAACUUCUGUCAGAAGCUCACAGAUCCCAGAAAACCCUGCCAGUUCCCAGCUGCUGAUGAAUGGAGCCACAUCCUCAUUUGAAAACAACCAUCCUUCCCAGCCUGGCCCUCCACAGUUAACCAGGGCGUCUGCUGAUGUCCUGUCAAAGUGCAAGAAGGCCUUAUCAGAGCACAACGUCCUGGUUGUAGAGGGAGCUCGCAAGUAUGCCUGCAAAAUCUGCUGCAAGACUUUUCUGACCUUGACUGAUUGCAAGAAGCACAUCCGUGUUCACACAGGUGAGAAACCCUAUGCCUGCCUGAAGUGUGGCAAGAGGUUCAGCCAGUCCAGCCACCUGUAUAAACACUCAAAGACUACCUGCCUGCGCUGGCAGAGCAGCAAUCUCCCCAGCACUUUGCUCUAACCCCAGUUUCUUGAGAUAGUGCCCAUGCCGGGUGUAGGACUGAAACAAGUCUCAUGGUUGGCGGCUGAUGCCACUAGGUGUAGGCUUUAGGCUGCCCUUGCUCUUGCAAGUUUUGACGAGUCAUAAGUAGAGAACUAGGAACUUGUAGUGCUUGUACCAUUGCAUUUCUGUUGAAAUGCGCACUCACAGAGGGGUGAGAUCGCGGAAACCAAGUUCUUCAUUAGGAGUGAGUCAGAAAGUAGUUUGUAACUGAUGUUGUUAAAAGUGGCACAUUAAAAAAUUAAAAACUGAAGUGCAAAAAAAAUUUUUUUUAGCAAUUUUUGUAAAACUCAAGCAUUUAAUGGAAUUUCCUAUACUCCCGGAUGGGAAUAUUAUAUACCUGUAUAGCGAUGCAAAAUGCACUUACGUGUAACAGUGGCACUUUGUGUCUAAAGGAGGACCCUUGAAGACAUGCCUGUCUGCCACAGAUGCUUUAAAGUGUAUCAUGAGCUAGUCCUAGGCCUCAGAAAGUACUGUAUUUUUUAUUUGUCUGAUUUGCAGUCACAAACACUGCACUCUGAUGGUGCUGACACUGGGUCCAGAGUGAACAUUCUCUGGACUACUAGGUGUAUAUACUUUUGAAGACAUCACUAUUGGAUAGAUGUUUUAACAAUUCUUCCGGGUUUUAAAAACAAAGCUGUAAAUGGAGUGUGUACUUGUAGGGAGUGACAAGUAAGGUAUUGUUUCUGUAUGUGCUGUUUUAGCAAUAUUUUAACCAACUUGUAUUACAUAUGUUACAGUCCCAUGUUUGGAAGUCAGAAAGAGCUAGUGUUUGUCUUGUUUUUGAUGAUACAGAGUCACGUUUUGUGGGGCGCGGGCCCUGGGAUCUUCCUUGGUGCGUUUACCCUUCGCCCAUGCAGCCUGGCCUGACACUCACCCGGUGACAACCUGCCCCAUUCUCUGCUUUGCCUCUUCACACUUUCAUGCCCCAAAUACACCUUCCCCAGGCCUAAGAUUAUUUUCAGUUACAAACUCACCAAAGGUAAUGUCAGACCCCCUCUACCUUGGGUUUUAUUGCUACAUACUGUGGUUUACAAGUAUAGACUCUGAAUUUUUGCUUUCCCCAACCCAGUAAUGUCUGUUUACACCUGUUGGAGACCCAGCCUUAGCAGGGCCCACACUUAUAUAAGGUGGUCGGGCAGCCCAGGGCACAGAUGUCACCAAGUAGCAUCUGAGACUGUUCCUGGAGAUACCUGGCUCACUGCCAGCUCCUCUCUGGGCACCCCCUGCCCUGCUUCCCCCGCCCCACCUGGCUGUUUUCUGAUCUUGUGCCAUCAGGGCUAGGGUGGCACUUGUGUUUGGCUACACCUGGCUCAUGUCUUUCCAGGGAAUAGCACAGGUUAAUGUGUCUGCAGUUUUAGUUCAUGCAUGAACAUGAGUUCAUUUCCUAUCCUAGUGUUUGUAGAAGACACUGGACCACAGUGCAUAAUUGAGAGAAACCCUUUGGUUCUUGUUAGAAAGCUCAGUAGGUAUAGCUAAAUCAAAAACUAGCGUGUGUUUUCUCCUCUCAGUCUAGUGUGUGCAGUUAAACAUCUGUGGAUAAACUCAUAAUGUUCAUAGCAUCUCCUAUGAACUGAUUCCCAGGGAGGAAAGCCUAAGGGAAACCUCUGAUUCCUCUCCUUUGCAGCAGACGUGGGGAAGAGACGUUGGAAGAGAUGGGAUCACCUGGGAAAUUCAAUUGUGUGUGUGGCUAAUUGUUGGCAGUCAU